AUGCCAAUUCGCGUCAAGUCGCGUCCCGCGAAGUCCCCGGAGCGUUCCUCGUCACCCCCCUCUGUCCCCACCACUGAUAUUCCCCUCCCUGAUAUCCGCCAUGAAGAUAGCUUCCGCGAUGUCAUUAAGAAGCUUUCCAAAUAUAUAGCUAGAGUAGUUUAUUUGCCAAGCUCCUUCGAACAACUGAGGACCACAUCGGCUGGUGACGAUCUACACGCCCUUGUUGACUAUCUUAGCACCCGUGUCACCAAUCCCGCAAUCGUAAACGCUUUACUGGCACUGAGAUGGCAUUACAGCUCGAUAGGCGACGAUGGCCGAGGAAUCAAUGAAGCUCGUGCAAAUGCUUGCGAGAUUGUUGCCUGGAGAUUUUUAACUCGUCUAUCGGAGCGGGAAGCCGUCGAGUUUUGCCUCUACGAGAUCCCAGACCCAGAUGAUAGCGAAAGAGAAAGAUACCUUGCCAAUGAGCCUGCAGAUGGUGGUGAAAGCCAUGAGCGAAGAUCUCUACUACGCCGACCUUCUAGAUCUCCCUCGCCAGACCGCCGCUCGGACGAUCGCUUUAAGACUGUGAGACGAAACCAAUUGCUUCAAUCACUCUCGAAAAUGACUACGAAUCGAGAGUCUGGUGAUCUUGAAGAACUGGAAAUUGAUCCUACUGAACCUUUUACGCAUCUCAAUGGCCUAGAAAUAGCGGCCAUUGCUAACGCAAAGAGGUUUCUUAGCCAGCACGUGGUACAGAAGAUCAUCACAGGCAUUUGGAACGGCUCCAUUAUCUUCUGGGACCAACUUUCAGUCCAUUCGAGAAAGAAAACUCAGUUUUAUAACCCUCGCACAGCCGAUCCCUUUUCACGACUUCGAGUGCCCAUAUACCUCAAAGCUUACGAGGUUGCGUUUUUCGCUGGGUUUUUAAUGUUAUACUACAGCGUGUUGAUCAAGCAGAAUCACCACGCUAUUACCCCUCUAGAAGUAGUACUCUACAUCUGGUUCGCCGCCUUCUUCUACGAUGAAGUUAGCGAAUAUAUCGAUGCCGGGUCGAUUUUUUAUGCUGCAGAUGUUUGGAAUCUAUUUGACAUGAUUAUGAUUGCCAUCGGGCUCGUCUUUGCGAUUUUGAGGUUCGUUGGAUUAUAUUGGGCCGAUUAUACUCUUGUAGAUAUUGGCUUUGACGUCUUAUCACUGGAGGCCCUCUUCAUGGUACCUAGGGUUUGCUCGAUAUUUAGUCUGUCCCCGUACUGGGGUACUCUAAUCCCCUGUCUCAAGGAGAUGGGCAAGGACUUCUUGAAAUUCAUGCUUUUGGUAAUCAUUGUAUAUUUGGGGUUUUUAUCAACCUUUUGUCUCGUCGGGAGGGAUACAUACCCAUUUCAACACAUGGCCAUGAUCGUGACCAAGAUCUUUUUCGGGUCUAGUUACGUUGGGUUUGAUAUUAUGGAUGAAAUCGACCCCAUCUUUGGACCUCCUCUCAUGUUUAUUUUUGUCACGCUGAGUUCGAUCUUACUUAUGGGCUCCCUGACGGGUAUGCUCAGUAAUAGUUUCUCAAGAGUCAUUACGCACGCUCGUGAAGAGUAUCUCUACGUCUACAGCGUAUACGUACUCGAGGCAUCAACGAGCAAUAGGCUCACUCACUUUUACCCUCCGUUUAAUCUCAUCGCGCUGGUAAUCUUCAGGCCGUUGCGCCUAUUCCUACCCUCAGACGAUAAAUUCCGGCAAGCACGCAUUAUACUUCUCCGAGCAACCCACGCACCCAUCGUCGGGGUUAUUCGGUUAUAUGAGUGGUUUACCGGCAAACUCAACCCCGACGGUUUCGACAACUUCCGCGGCCCACGACAGGAUUCUUCCAGCCCACGACAGAAUUCUCCCAAACGGCACGCCGCACCGCCCCCUGAUAGACCAGGGGAUAGACCAGGGGAUAGGCAAGGGGAUAGGCAAGGGGAUGGGCAAGGGGAUAGGCAAGGGGAUAGGCCAGAGAGCGGACCGCAAUCGGCAGAUCGGCCAACACCGCGCGAUACUACUAGUGUGGAAGUGGUUCCUAAGACGAGGCCUCAGCAGCAAGUCCUUGAGGAUUAUGCUGGACAUGCGCCUAACGAUGUGGAGGUUCGAAUCUCAGAGUUGGCAGCGAAGAUUGAUCGGCUUACGGCUUUGAUUGUUUCGUUACACAGCGGCGCCGGUAUCGAAACGGGCCAACAUGGCCAACAUGAUUAA